AUGCGUUUCUAUCCAGAGUCAAACGAACUCGAAAACGCGACAAAACAGUCCAGAAAAAAACAAAGGGAAAACUGACGCGAAGACAAAGGCAGACGGAGAAAAGCGUCGCCCACGACGGCGUUGUCUUCCUCUUCUCCUGUUGACUUCCUACCCGCCGACAAUUUCAUCGGCACGCUCGAGUUGCCCAGCGGGCAGAGCGUUGCGUCCCCUAUAAAAGCGAGGGUAGACGAUAGCGGUACCAGUGUGUGCUCACUGCCGACCAACAUGAACAGCACCGACAAACUGAAAGUAAUACUCUUAUGCGGCCUAGUAUUAUCGGUCGUAGCUGAAAAGGCAAAGACCGAAGAGGCAAAGAAGACCGAGUCUAGCGUUCAGCCAAAGGAUGAAAAGACAAAGCGCGGAUUGGAACUGAGCCUGGGUGAUCACGGUGGUUUCGGGGGCGGUGAUUUCGGCGGGGGUGGUUUCGGCGGCGGUGGUUUCGGCGGCGGUCAUGGCGAGAUAAUCUCCACCGAUCACAUCAAAGCGGUGACAGUCACGAAGCAUGUACCGGUGCCGCAUCCGUAUCCGGUGGAGGUCACGAAGCAUGUGCCCUACCCGGUGAAGGUGCCGGUCAAAGUACCCGUUGACCGUCCGUAUCCAGUCCACGUACCGCAACCUUACCCGGUGGAGGUCACGAAGCACGUGCCCUAUCCGGUAGAGAAACCGGUGCCCUAUCCCGUCAAGGUGCCCAUAAAGGUGCCCGUCAAGGUGCCCUAUCCAGUCAAGGUGCCCGUCAAGGUUCCGGUCGAAAUAUCAAAACCAGUUCCCUAUCCCGUCAAGGUACCCGUGGUCGUCAAAGAACCCUAUCCCGUGGUCGUUAAAGGUCAUGACGAAGGCGGCUACGGUGGCGGCUACGGCGGCGGAUUUGGUGGCGGAUUCGGUGGCGGACACGACUUCGGCGGCGGUUUGGAACUCAGCAGUGAUUUCGGCGGAUACGAGCAUCAUUGAGACAAAGUUGACGCAGGAAGGAAACAAGGACUCGCGUCGUUGGUCGUCCCCUUUUGUCUAAUGGCGAACGGCUCGUGCGGCGCGAGACGAGGAAGCUUUAUUCGAGGAAUCGAUCGUCGAGAGAGAUCAAGGAGCGACCGACAAAGAACGAUUAUGUUCCAAUAAAAAAACUGACACGACGGAUCAAUAUUCUAUUUUAUUGUGAUCCUAUCUUCGGAUUGUACUAUACACCCUG